AUGUUUCAUUCACUCUCUGAAGUCAUGUCUCUGACGGCAGAACCAUCACAAGCGCAACUUCCGGCAUCUGGUGGCAGAUCGACUCAUCAACUGAACAAUCCCAGCGAGCAGAAGCUGGUUUUCAAGGUGAAAAGCUCAAAUAACAAUGAGUAUCGAGUGAGUCCUGUCUACGGAUUCGUCGACGCUUCCGGAAAUGCAAGUCUUGAGGUUACCCGCCUGGCUGGAGCUCCAAAGGAUGAUAGACUGGUCGUGCAGUUUGCACCCGCACCUCCUGAUGCAACGGAUGCUCAAUCGGCGUUCUCUCAAGUGCAGUCUCAGACUUCCGGCAACGUCACUAUUAAUCUUAUCAUGUCUCUGACGGUCGAUCCACCAGCAGCUCAAGUUCCAGCAGCCGGCGGCAAAUCGACUCACACAUUAGCCAAUCCUGGCGAAGCAAAGAUGGUUUUCAAGGUGAAGAGCUCAAAUAACAAUGAAUAUCGUGUGAAUCCUGUCUAUGGAUUUAUCGAUCCUGCUGGGAAUGCAACCCUUGAGGUUACUCGCCUGGCGGGACCACCAAAGGAGGACAAGUUGGUCGUGCAUUUUGGACCCGCACCCGCUGAUGCAACCGAUGCUCAAGCGGCAUUUGGCCAAGUACCGGCAGAGCAACAAGGCAACAUCACCAUUGGUCUUAGCGCAACAUGA